AUGGUUCCUUACUCUGAGAACAAGGUUCAUCACUCUGAGGACAAGGUUCCUCAGUCUGAGGACAAAGUUUCUCGCUCUGAAAACAAGGUUGCACACUCUGAGGACAAGGUUCCUUACUCUGAGAACAAGGUUCUACACUCUGAGGACAAGGUUCCUCACUCUGUGGACAAGGUUCCUCCAUCUGAGGACAAGGUUCCUGUCACUGAGGACAAGGUUCCUCACCUGAGAACUAGGCUCCUCACUCUGAGGACAUGGUUCCUUACUCUGAGAACAAGGUUAAUCACUGUGAGGACAAGGUUCCUCACUCUGAGGACAAGGUUCCUCGCUCUGAAAACAAGGUUCCACACUCUGAGGACAAGGUUCCUCACUCUGAGAACAAGGUUCUACACUCUGAGGGCAAGGUUCCUCACUCUGUGGACAAGGUUCCUCACUCUGAGGACAAGGUUCCUCAUUUUGAAGGCAGGUUCCUCACACCGAGGACAGUGUUCCUCACUCUGUGGGCAAGGUUCCUCACUCUGAGAACAAGGUUCCUCACUCUGAGGACAAGGUUUCUCAUCCGGAGGACAAGGUUCCUCACUCUGAGGAGAAGGUUCGUCACUCUGAGGACAAGGAUCCUCACUCUGAAGGCAGGUUCGUCACACCGAGGACAAGGUUCCUCACUCUGAGGACAAGGUUCAUCACUCUGAAAACAAGGUUCCUCACUCUGAGGACAAGGUUCCUCACACUGAGGAAAAGGUUCCUCUCUUUGAGAACAAUGUUACUCACAUUGAGGACAAGGUUCCUCACUCUGAGAACAAGGUUCCUCACUCUGAAGACAAGGUUCCUCAUUCUGAGGACAAGGUUCCUCACUCUGAGGACAAGGUCCCUGACUCUGAGGACAAGGUUCUUCACACUGAGGACAAGGUUCCUCACGCUGAGAACAAGGUUCCUCAUUCUCAGGACAAGGUUCCUGACUCUGAGAACAAGGCUCCUCAUUCUGACGACAAGGUUCCUCACUGUGAGGACAAGGUUACUCAGUCUGAGGACAAGGUUCGUCACCCUGAGGACAAGGUUCCUCACUCUCAGGACAAGGUUCCUCACUCUGCGGACAAGGAUCCUCACUCUGAGGACAAGGUUCCUCACUCUGAGGACGAGGUUCCUCACUCUGAGGACAAGGUUCCUCACUCUUAGGACAAGGUUCCUCACUCUGAAGACAAGGUUUCUCUCUCUGAAGGCACAUUCCUCACUCUGAGGACAAGGUUCCUCACUCUGAGUACAAGGUUCCUCACUCAAAGGACAAGGUUCUUCACACUCAGGACAAGGAUCCUCACUCUGAGAACAAGGUUCCUCACUCUGAAGACAAGGUUUCUGAUUAUGAGGACAAGGUUCCUCGCUCUGACGACAAGGCUUCUCACUCUGAGGACAAUGAUCCUCAUUCUGAGGAAAAGCAUCCUCCCUCGGAGGACAAGGUUCCUCACUCUGAGGAAAAGGAUCCUCCCUCUGAGGACAAGGUUCCUCACUCUGAGGACAAGGUUCGUCACUCUGAGGACAAGGUUCCUCACUUUGAGGACAAGGUUCCUUACUCUGAAGGCAGGUUCCUCACCCUGAGGACAAGGUUCCUCUCUCUGAGGACAAAGUUCCUCACUCUGAGGACAAGGUUCCUCACACUGAGGACAAGGUUCCUCACUCUGAGAACAAGGUUCCUCACUCUGAGGACAAGGUUCCUCACACUGAGGACAAGGUUCCUCACACUGAGGAGAAGGUUCCUCACACUGAGGAAAAUGUUCCUCACUCUGACAACUAG